AUGCCCAUAAAGAUCGAGGAGAAAGCUGGUGGCUUCCAACCAAGGCAUGACAAAUCACAAAUCAAGUGCUACAACUGUCAAAGGUUCGACCAUUAUGCUUCUGAAUGUAGAGCCCCUACAAGGAGGAUUGAGGAGAAGGCAAACUAUGUGGAAGAGAAAAGUCAAGAAGAUGGCACUCUGUUGAUGGUACGCAACAACAAUGUAGGAGAACAUGAGAAUACAUGGUAUCUAGACUCGGGGGCAAGCAAUCACAUAUGUGGAAAAAGAAACAUGUUCGUGAAACUUGACGAAUCGGUGAAUGGAAAUAUCUCAUUUGAAGAUGAAUCAAAGACACCAGUGAAAGGCAAAUGUAAGAUUCUUAUCCGAUUAAAAGACGGGAGGCAUGAAUUCAUUUCUAAUGUGUACUAUGUGCCCAACAUGAAGAAUAAUAUUUUGAGUCUAGGGCAACUCUUACAGAAAGGGUUUGAUGUUCACUUGAGAAAUAAUACUCUUUCUUUAAGAGAUAAUCAAAAUAACUUGAUUGCUAAGGUACCUAUGUCAAGAAAUAGAAUGUUUCUGUUGAACAUUCAACAGGACAUUGCAAAGUUUCUCAAAGCCUGCUACAAGAAUGCAUCUUGGCUGUGGCAUCUACGAUUCGGACACCUCAACUUUGAUGGUCUUGAGUUACUAUACAAGAAGGAGAUGGUGAGAGGAUUGCCUUCCAUCAGUCAACCUGACUGA